AUGGGAAAUACCUAAAACAAUAUUGUGUGCUCAGAUUGUAGCGCUAUACAGAUAGAAGAUGCUUCUCUAGAAAACUAGAGAUCUAAUUUUCAAAUGACAAGACUGAGACAUUUCAGCCACUAUUCAAGAGAUUUUUAAGUUGAAUAAAAGUAUAAUAGGAUUAAGCAAAAUAAACCCAACUUUAGAUUAAACUUAGAAUUAAUAUAUCCUGAAUAUCUUUAAGAUAAAAGAGAGGAACUUUUAGUAAAAAGCGGUAUCUAAAAACCUUAGUAGCAGAUUGAUUUAAAUGCUGAGACUAUCAAAAAAUCCUACAAAGUUGGAAAUCUGAAAAUAACUACUUAAAUAAAAUCAUAGAUACUAGAGUAAAUUUAAAUUAAUUAGGAUUGCACUUAAGAUGAUUAGAAAAUAUAAGAAAGAACUCAUUAAGUAGAUGCAUUUUUAAUGUUUGUAGAUUGUCUUUCAGAUUUCACUUAAAUUAAUAAUACAAUUGACCUUAUUAAUAAAUACUGUAAGAGCGAAGCACUGAUCUUUUUGAUUGCUGCUAAAUAAAACCCUUCUUAGUCCUUUUUAAACGAGUCUAAUAAUAAGGAAUAGAUAAAAUAAUAAGAAGAUAUUGAAAACAAAGAAUAAACCUAAGGAGAUCAGCUAACAUAGUCAAAAAUAAUGCAGCAAUAGAAGUCAAAUCUUUUUUAAUCAUUUGUAUAAUCAGACUAGCAAGGAUAAAAAAUUUAGUCCUUUUAAUCUAAUAUAAAAAAUAUAAUAGAGAGUACAAAUAAUACUGACUUUAUUUGCAUUAAUUAUGAAUCAGUAGAAAACAUGAAUUAAAAAUUUGAGAAUAUGCUAAGCUAAUGUAUAUACUCAUAAGAUUCCAGACUUAGAAUUACAUACCUCUGA